AUGUCUGGCCGAUACAGGGACUGGAACAUCGACUGCAAGGUAUAUGUGGGUAAUUUGCAGGAGAAUGCCAUUAAGUCGGACGUGGAGUCGGCUUUCGGCAAAUACGGGCCCCUCAAGAAUGUAUGGGUCGCCCGAAACCCCCCCGGAUUUGCUUUCGUCGAGUUCGAGGACGCCAGGGAUGCCGAGGACGCCGUCAGAGGGCUGGACGGCACGUACGUACACCACCUCAUCAGAGCAGUGCAUCCCUUUCCCCAUUACCACCACAUGAGUGGUGUGUUCCUUAGCCACCACCUCAUGAGCUCUAUAUCCCAUAUCCAUCUCCUUAUGAGUGGUCUAUCCCUUAACCACUGCCUCAUGAGUAGUGUAUUUGUCACUCGGAUAGGAGGCGCCCGCGUGAGGGUCGAGAUGUCUCACGGAAGGACCCGUCGCGGAGGCGGUGGUGGUGGUGGUGGUGGCGGCGGAGGAGGCAGUGGUGGUAGUCGUCGGUACGGCGGCGGUCGAGACAGUAUUGACGCUCGUAUUGUGUGUCUGUCCCCACAAACAGCGGUAGACGUGAGUAUUCUCGUGGACGCCGUUCCCGAAGUAACUCCCGGAGCAGAUCCCGUUCCCGACAUAUCUCUACUACACAUCUACUGAAAGACGUGUAUUGACUGCAAAGAGUGUGUAAUGUCUUAUUGUAGACAUACCGGUGCCCUUCCGAGAGGGCCAUCCGAUGCACACAUAAAACAAAAAUAUUUUGUUUUAAGAAAUUGUAUUUAAAAUACAAAACCAAACGAUAGCAUCGAUAGCAGCGACAGCCGCCGCGCCUCCUAAACACAGACCCAAACCAUUAGCUAAAUAGCGUAUCUCGAGUGAGACAUACCGUUCCCUAUAAAGCGGAAGGUGUGAACGCCGUCCGACGGCCUCAUCGGGCGCCUACACAUCGACUAUAACUGC